AUGCACAGAAAUAUCUGGUGCUAUGGUUCUGGCUUCCUUGUGAGAGCCGGGAAAUGCGUGCCGUGUUCGACGGCUUAUAGGAUACACGUGCGGCCGAGAAGCACCAGACGUCUCGCAGAUAUACCAAAACCCAAAGACAAGACAGAAAAGUUCCGAGAUUUCGAAGAACCCAUCACUCCCGGUGAGCUCAUGAGCCUUGAGUCUCUUGGUAAGAUUAACAACUUUUAUGACAAGCUGGGGAAGCUGAUAGAGCCUGACCUGGGUAAAAGCUCAAUAGAGUCUGAGGCCGAGGUGAAUCGGAAUCCUGAACUGGGACUAGAAAGAGACAUACUGGAAAUAUCAGCCGAGAUCUCUGAUGAUAAAGUUUCUGCUGAAGAAAGACGUGCUUUGCCACAGAAACAAGAGGUCGAGCAGAACCCUGUUGACCUGGCCAUUGAUCGACUAAAAGAGAGGUUGAGUGAAAAGGGCUUACAGGUCAGUGAAGAUGCCAUCUCGGUGAUGAAAAACAAGUUCAAAACCAUGCCAAAGGGUGUGGUUCUGAAACUUGGUGGGGCUUUCGUUUAUCUGAGAGAAUCCAGAGAAGACUGGAAGGGUAUACUUACGCACAUGCGGGAGAACUCCGACGGAUUCAACGGACUUAGUCCAGAGGAAGUGAAUUCCCUGUUCAUGAGGAUACCUGCCAGUCAACGGUCCGAGAUACUGCGUCAGUUCGAGAAGAUGGUUGAUGAAGCUGGCAUUGAAAAGGGAGUAAAGCUUUACAACAUGUACAUCAAUUCCUGUGCAGACUCGCACAAUCUAUCCCGAGAUACCAAGCACAUGUGGAAACUGAUGGACCAAAUGAAAGCUUCGGGCAUCGCUCCUGAUAUGUAUACAUAUGGCUCGUUAUUGAAGGGCCUGUCAAAAGUCAAUGAUCUUGACUCAAUGGAGAUUGUUAGGAUGGAAAUGAACGCAGGUGGAUUGUCUCUGAACAAGGAGAUGUACACAACGAUAUUGCAGACUUGCAUCAAGACAAAACACUACGACAAAGCCAUUGAUAUUUUUGACAAUAUGAGACUUAUGGCUGUCAGCACUCAGCCUGAUGCCAAGACGUAUUCGGCUGUGAUCCUAGCACAUGUCUUGAAGAGAGAUAUCGAGAAAGCUUUGGAUAUCUACGAGGAAAUGUCCAAAGGCCCUUUUGCUAUUGAUCCAGAGCCUGAAAGUUUGUUAUUGCUCGCAAGGGGCUGCUCAAGACAAUCCAGAUAUAUACUUAAAGGCUGGAGGUUUAUAUUCCAGUACCAUCAAUUGCAAGGUGAUCUGAACCAUAACGUCAUAGAGGUGAUGAUGCAUCUAGCAGCCAGGGAUGGAGAUGUCAACUUCACAAGAGCGCUAUACAAUUCGUCUUUUCAAGGCAAAUUUCUGGGAAAGAAGAAUGGCAUCGUCUCCAACCCAGGCCCAAGGAUGCUGAAUUUAUAUUUCACUGCAUGUUCUACUGAUAAAGGCGAAGGCCACGUUCCUGUCUCGCAAAUCGAUGCACAAAUCAGGACCGUUAGGCAGAGAGUUAUAGAUAUGUUCGAGUACAGAUUGCAAGGCGAUUCCUCUUCCAAAGUUCCACCUCCUCCGUUUUUGCCAUUGAAAGAACUGCAUGGACCCGAUCAGAUAGUGAACGAGUGUGAAGCAUUCCUGAACUACAGCUUCCUUCUCUCGAAACAGUUUGUUAGACAAGAGAUCAUAGGUAGUUUCUUGAAUGUCCUUCUGGCAAGAGAAGACUCAGUGAAACGUUUUGAGGAUGCUUAUAACCGUCUGACGUUCUUUGAUAACCAAGGUGUUUCCGCGGACUCUCAGGGUGUUGAGAUAGUUGAGGAGCCGAUACAAGCGGCCGUCGAAAGCAAAGGUCAGCUGGAUAAAACAAAAUCCUUGACAACAGCUGAAAUUGAAGCUCGCAAACUUGCGGUUGCUAUACCCAGAGAUGUCAGUCUGUACUCCAUUGGUUUGAAGGCAGCCAGGGUGUUUAAGGACCCAGAGUUUGCUCAGAAAGUGUGGACCGAAAGAGGACUGUACAGAAAGACUAAGAAAUUUGCAAAUAUCCCAUACAAGAAGAGAGAUGCGCAAGAUUUUGAGUUUGCGAGAGGAAUGGUUAGUGUCUUCAUCGAAUGCAAUCAGCUGAAAGAAGCACUUGCCAUAGUUUUGUCAUCCAAACAAAGAUUCGAUUGGAACUGGUAUUACCUCAAGUCAUUGUACAUGGCAGCAGGACAAAUUGGAGACUCCUCCGUACAGAGAGUGGUUCUGGAAUUGACUGGUAAGAAUCCAAAUCGUGUACGAUAA